AUGUAUGUCAAAGUCGAGACAGAACGUUUAGCGUUCAUCCGAUUCAAUCAGGCAAAGCUACGAUCUGAGGACUAUAUACACUUGCGUGAUGCUAUUCAUUCAGAUGGUGAUGUUGAGAGUGUUGGACGUCUGACGAUUCUCCCAUCAUCUUAUAUCGGAAGCCCACGCCACAUGCAUGAAUACGCUCAAGACGCUAUGACAUACGUGCGAAAUUAUGGAACUCCCGAUUUAUUUAUUACGUUCACAUGCAAUCCGAAGUGGAUGGAAAUUGAACGUGAGUUGGAACCGGGUCAGAAACCGCAAGAUCGCCAUGACAUAAUCGCCAGAGUAUUUCAACAAAAACUCAAGGUUAUGAUGGAUGUGCUUACUAAGUAUCGAGUUUUUGGUGACACACGUUGUUAUAUGUACUCGGUGGAAUGGCAGAAGCGUGGACUACCGCAUGCUCAUAUCCUAAUUUGGUUGCUGAACAAAUUACAUUCAAAUGAAGUGGAUGACAUCAUAUCAGCUGAAAUUCCUGAUCCAGUCACUGAUCCCCAUCUACACAACAUUGUGACGACACAGAUGGUGCAUGGACCGUGCGGUGCAUUAAAUCCAUUAUCGCCUUGCAUGGCUGAUGGAAAGUGCACAAAACGAUAUCCGCGACCGUUAGUUGCUGAAACAGUUACAGGGAACGAUGGAUAUCCAGUUUAUCGUCGGCGUUCAAAAGAAGAUAAUGGUCGAACUAUCAAAGUUAAAGUUAAAAAUCAAGAGAUUGAGAUCGGAAAUGAAUUCAUUGUACCAUAUUGCCCGCUGCUAUCACGAAUUUUCGAGACACAUGCAAACGUUGAGAGUUGUCAUUCGGCCAAAUCAAUCAAAUAUUUGUGCAAGUACGUCACAAAAGGCAGCGACAUGGCUGUGUUUGGUAUUGCGUCGGAAAAUGCGAAUGACGAAAUCAGCAACUUCCAAAUGGGCAGAUACGUCAGUACUAAUGAAGCACUGUGGCGAUUAUUUUCAUUUCUAAUUCAUGAAAGAUAUCCCACAGUUGUACAUGUAGCAGUGCAUUUGGAAAAUGGCCAAAGAGUUUACUUUACUGAGGCUAAUGCAGCACAACGAGCUGAGAGACCACCAUCGACAACAUUGACUAGCUUCUUUGCAAUGUGUGAAGCAGAUCCAUUCGCAGCGACGCUGAUGUACGUUGAAAUGCCCAAGUAUUACACUUGGAAUCAAUCAACAAAGAAAUUCCAACGUCGCAAACAAGGAACCCCAGUUCCAGAUUGGCCACAGGUGUUUUCCAGUGAUGCACUAGGUCGCAUGUAUACUGUUCAUCCUAGAAAUGAUGAAUGUUUUUAUUUGCGACUGCUGUUAGUAAAUGUACGUGGACCAAAAUCAUUUGCGCAUUUGAAAACUGUGAAUGACCACCAAUGCCAAACUUUUCGAGAAGCAUGUCAACUAUUGGGUUUGCUAGAGAACGAUUCUCAUUGGGAUUUAACACUUGCGGAUUCAGUUGUUUCAUCAAAUGCGUACCAAAUACGAACGCUGUUCGCAAUUAUCAUCACCACAUGUUUUCCUUCACAACCAAUUCAGUUAUGGAACAAAUACAAAGAUGACAUAUGUGAAGAUAUCUUGCAUCGCUUGCGCAUUCAAACGAAUAAUCCUGACAUGCAAAUAACCGAUGAAAUCUACAAUGAAGGAUUGAUUCUGAUUGAGGAUCAAUGUUUGACUAUUGCAAACAAGCUACUGAUUGAAGUAGGAAUGAUUGCACCAAAUCGAUCGAUGCACGAUGCAUUCAACCAAGAAUUAAAUCGAGAGCUGCAAUACGAUGUUGAUACAUUGCAGGAAUUCGUUCAAAAUAAUGUGCUGUUGCUGAAUGAACAGCAAAAACAAGUAUACGAAACAUUAAUGCAAGCGGUGGACAAUAAUACUGGUGGUCUAUUCUUCCUGGACGCAUCUGGAGGAACAGGGAAAACAUUUGUCAUUUCAUUGAUUUUGGCCACUAUUCGAUCAAGAUGUGACAUAGCUUUGGCGUUAGCAUCAUCUGGAAUUGCAGCGACUCUAGAGAUGGCGGUCGUACUGCACAUUCUGCGCUUAAGUUGCCACUCAAUUUAA